UGUUUUAGAAAGAGCUAUAUUUUAUCUAUAAAAUAUCUAAAUAUUAUGAUUUAUCAGUAUAGAAAAGCUAUUAAUCUUCAGUUGUUAAGAAAUCAUGGAAAAAGAAGGCUUAACAAUAUGUUUAUUAAUGGGUCAGAUAAUAAACUAGAAUUAAAAACUAGGGACGAAGACUUUUCGGCACCUAUCUGGAGAAAUAGUGUAUUAUUUUUAUUUUCUGUCUUUACAAUAUAUAAAAUAGAUGAAUGGUAUGGUCUACAUCAUGAAGGCCAAGGAUUCUUUACAAGAAUUAUUGAAUAUUUUAAAAACAAAGAUAAUUAUACAGAAAUACAUAUUGAAAGUCUUAAAAAAAUAUCUGAAUUGGCAAAGGAACGUUUAAAUCAACAAGAUUCCAAAAGAAUACCUAUUUAUAGAUUAAAAUUUCCAGAACAACUUAAUCAAGGAAGUUCAUAUAAUCUAAUACCAGGAACUGAAAUUGAUUUAUCACAAUACGAUAUAAAAACCGAUAUUGACAAUAACAAUUCAUCUCCUCAAUCUUCAUAGAUUAUUUUUAACUUUCCUUUCUCUUUAUUAUAUUCGAUAUAUC